AACCCGGAAGUAGUACGACGACUGUUGUACUAAAAGGCGAAAUAUCAAUGGGAGUCACUUGUGUGUGCCAGGUGCCUGUGGCGGAGGGGAAGAGUGUGCAGCAGACAGUGGACAUCCUGCACAAGAAACUGGAGCAGCUGGGCGCUGUGAAGCAGGGCAGCUUCUGUGUGGACUGUGAGACAUACCAUGCUACAGGAAAUGUCAGCGGUCAGCCUACCAAACUCUUAUACGUGAUGCACAACUCGGAGACUCCCCUGAGCUGCUUGGCCCUGUUUGAAGGUGGACCCUGCCUCGUAGCUGACGCAAACUUUGACGUCCUCAUGGUGAAAUUAAAAAGUCACUUCCAGAACGCCAAAGGACACAAGGUGGAGUGCCGCGGGUCAAGAUACCGCUACUGCGACUUCCUGAUAAAAGUCGGUUCGGUGACGAUGAGCUCCAGUGCCAGAGGAAUAUCAGUGGAGGUGGAGUACUGUCCCGGUGUGGUACCAGGGGACUGCUGGAAUCUCAUGAAGGAAUUUUUGCAGUCCUUUCUUGGUCCCAGUGUCCCUGAACUUCCGUCCGUGUUUGCUGCCAAACCCGAGGGACUUUUUGCACCAGCAGACACGGUCGACACCAUGACGCAGUAUCUAGAGUUGUUCAACAAACUCCGGAAAUUACAAAUCACUGGAAGUAGUGUGCGUUAAAAUGUCAGUGGGAGGGAGAGCUCUAUUUUUUUUAUGUUUGUAUGAUGUAUGAUGUCUUAUCUCACAUAUUACACCCCUGAUGAAAACGUAUUGUAUUAAAGAGAAAUCGUGGACAGCA